AUGUCCACUUUGGCGGAGUCCCUGGCCCACGAAGGCUGGUACCUCAGUGAUGAAGGCAUUGCUGAACUGAAAGGAGCUGCUGAGAACAUUACGCAUAAGGAUAUUAUUCGCAUUGCACUUGAUACUGAUCUCAGACUGAUUGGAAGGAAAAUUCUGCCAUCAGACAUCAAUAGUGGGCGGGUUGAAAAGCUGGAGGGUCCAUGUGUUCUCCAGCUGCAGAAAUUGAGGAACAUCUCAGCGCCAAAAGACAUGGAGUCCCAGGGAGGGCUACGAAUGCUGCGCCUGCAAAUGACAGAUGGUCAUACCACCUGUGCUGGAUUGGAGUUUAAACACCUGGCCAAAAUCAGCCUAAAUACUCCCCCUGGAACAAAACUUAAUCUCCACGGUACUGUCCUGGUUAGAAAUGGGUUUUUGCUGCUUGAUGACUCAAAAAUUACUGUUCUUGGUGGAGAGGUUGAACACAUGGUGGAGAAAUGGGAAUUGCAGCGGAGUCUGUCCAAGCACAACAGAAACAACAUUGGAGCAGAGGGGGGACCGCCUCCUUUUUUGGCAUUUGGUCAGAAGAAUGCGAAGAAGGAUGAAAUGGACAGUGAAGUGCUUGACCACAGGAAAACCCUUCAGAGUGUAGUCAAAAUUGCUGUUGAGAAUGACGAGUUUGCAAAGCAGCGGACUGCAGCUAUUGCUGAGGUGGCGAAGGGCAAAGAGGGUCCCCGCACAUUUGGUGGAGGAGGAAAUGCAGGGAGUAAUUUGUCGACCACUACUUUACGGAGCCGUCACAAGUACAAGCGGGAAGAUAGGGUCGAAAGACAUGAAAACAGACAAGAUGGUAACUAUCGAGAGCUGGUGGAUGAGCGUGCUCUGAGAAACAUUUUAGAUAUGGGCUUUAACAAGGAGGCAGCCCGGCAAGCCUUAAUGGAUAGUAAUAACAAUCUUGAGGUGGCACUCAACAGUCUUCUGACAGGAUCCUGUGAUAGCAGAUCCAACCCUGUGGUCACAGACAAGCCUCAGCCCAGAGGCAGAGGAAGGGGACGGGGACGGUUCAGAAAUGAUGGUGAGGAGGAGGCUGGAGGGAGGCCCUCUGGACCAAGUACACUUUUUGACUUCCUGGAAUCCAAGAUGGGUGUUUUCUCAAUUGAUGAGCCAAAGAGCCAGACUGCCAAUAGAAAUGAAAAUAAAGAUAAUUGGCAUGGCUCAGACCAUUACUCCAAAGAUGCCUCUCACAUCAGGUUCUCCUCACAUUCUGAUCACAGGCAAAAAAAGAAUGACAGGCCACCCCGCUUCCACAGGGAGACAGACUUUCCCAAACCUGGACAGGAGCCCUUCUCAAACUGUAUGAUCCCACAAACUUCAUCAAUUGAGGACUAUAGAGGCCAGGAUAAGUCAUCACAAGGAAUAGCAGACCAACAAACGAAAGACAGGAAAGAGACUAAUGACGAGCAUAUUAAUAGCUCUUCCUUCACACCACCGUUUACUCAUUCCAAUGAAACUCGGCAGCAAACAGAAUCAGUCAGGUCAUUUCCACAGCGGUCAAGAAAUGGUGAUGAUGGAAAUAUGGCUGGACCAUUUCUCCGGAGAGGGGCAAAGGAUAAUGCUCCCUCACCUAAAAAGAAUCCUUCAGGAAAUGUCAUAAUUCCUAACUCCAACCCAAACAGCUUCAGGAGAAAGGGAAAAUCUGAUCGACCUGACUACUUAGGUCAUCAACGAGAAAGUGUGCCAACAAGCUCGAGUGGGGGAAGUUUAGGAAAUUCCUGUGAAGUACAAUUGUUACAGAAUUCACAAUUCUUGACUGCGCCUCCCUCUAAUUUCCAAAAUGGAGUUGCGUUGCCCAUAAGAACUGGGCCAAUCAAGCCAACUAAUAAACCUGGUCCUGUCCAGAGGGAACAGCCUCCUAAAAGGAACGUUUACAUUAAUCCUGGUCCCAAAAGAAAGUCUGGGCAAGGCAAAGGUCCUCGAAUAACAGUGAAAAGUACUAAUGACAAUCAGACAUGGAAACCUGGAGAUCAGUGCCUUGCUCUGUACUGGGAAGACAGUAAGUUCUACCAUGCCAGAAUAGAUGCCGUGCAUCCAUCAGGCUCUACAGCUGUGGUCGUGUUUAGUGAUUAUGGAAACUGCGAAGAGAUCCUUCUCCAUAACCUCAAGCCUAUUACUGGGGACAUAUUGGAAGAAGAUGAUGGUUAUUAUGACAGUUCCCUUGAGUUUCGCCGAGGUGGAGAUGGACAGCCAAGGCGCACAAGACCAACACAACAGUAUUACCAGCCACCCAGGGCACGAGAUUGA